AUGCCAAAAAAGGCCCGCAACCACGUGCAGCCUAUUCACUGCAUGAACUGUGCCCAAUGUGUGCCCAAGGACAAGGCCAUUAAGAAAUUCGUCAUUCGAAACAUAGUGGAGGCCACAGCAGUCAGGGACAUUUCUGAAGCAAGUGUCUUUGAUGCCUAUGUGCUUCCCAAGCAGUAUGUGAAGCUACAUUACUGUGUGAGUUGUGCAAUUCACAGCAAAAUAGUCUGGAAUUGGCCUCGUGAAGCCUGCAAGGACCAAACACCCCCACCCUGA